AUGCAUUUCAUCCAUUUUUUCUUCCUCUUCUUCCAAUUAAGCAAUAUUCAAACUACUGUAGCGCAAACGAACCAAACAGAACCGUUGGAUUUAUCAAUAUCAAAAGUGAGAGAUGACGGACAUGGAUCACAGGGCUUAUCAAUGCAAAAAGAGAGUGAUGAAGAAAUUGGAUUGCAAGUGUUUCAAACAAAACCCUUGGAUUUAUCAAUUCCAAAACUGAAAGAGGAAGGGAAUGAAUCGCAAGGCUUAUCAGUGGAUGGAGUGAAUGAUGAAGGAAUUAAACCACGGCAACAGUUCGUUCCAAUUGAAACACUGAUGAGAGUAAUGGUACCAUCAAAGCAAAGAGAACGUCUAAGAAAGAAAUGGCGCUGUAAUCUAUGUGAAAAGGAAGUGAUAAACAAAAAAGAACAUUUGAUGACUCAUACUGGUGAGAAGCCGUGCAGUUGUCUUAUAUGCGGGAAAAGUUUUUUAAAAAAGUACAAUUUGCAGGCUCACAUGGUAACUCAUAACAUGAAUAGACCUGUCUAUCACUGCACUGUAUGCAGUAAGGGUUUCAUGAAUAAACAGAGCUUGAAAUCGCACAUGCUCUAUCAUUAA